ACCAGGCUGUGCAGGAUCCAGGCAGGACUAAGGCUCCAAAGAGACAUGACCAGGCUUCUCCUGGUGCUGUGGGGAUUGCUGGUGUCUGUGGAGCUCACCGGAGGCAUGAUUGUCAAUGAGGUACCAGCGCAAAACCUGAGCUGCUUCCAGUGCUUCAAGGUUCUCCAGGCCAGCAAGUGUCACCCCAUAGAGUGUCAGCCCAACGAAAACGUCUGUGUGAGCAAUGAGGUUCUCCUUUACACGAGUACGAAGAGAAGAACUCAGAUCAGCAAGCGCUGUGCCACCGCUUGUCCAAACUCCAAUACUAUCAUUGAAUGGUCAUUGGGCAAUACUCAGGCCAGGAUCACCAGAAGAUGCUGUUCUGGGGAUCGCUGCAACAGAGCACCUGGGAGUUGGGAGGGGUUCUGGUCCUUACCAGGGAGGCUCCUUCUGCCAAUGAGUCUGGGCCUCUUUUGCACCCUGUUGUGAGGACUACUGUCCUGUGAUACCCUGCCCCAACAUACUCAUCCUUCUUGGACCUCCUGUAUUCCACCUCAAAUCCCACCUUCAUCCAUUCCAGGACUUGCAAGGCAAUGGUCUUUCCCUGGGGUAGAAGGGAGGACACCAUACCCUUUGCUGAGGACUCAGCAGUCUGCUCCUCCCUGACAUCCUGGCCCAGGAAGUAGGAAUAAAACCCUGCUGCACCCCGUAGAGACAGACAGGGAGUAUUUCCUAUGCAGACUACGGGCUUCUUCAAGAAACCCCUUGACCUUGGUACAGUGCCAUGCACUACUGUAAGUGGGAGAUGGACCUGAUGAAGCAAGAGGUGCAACCACACUCUGGCACUGCUCCACUUGUGUCCCCUGUUCAUGCACUUGAACUUGGGCAUCUCA